AUGACAUUUGGAAAACUCAGUAGUGGAGAAACACAUAAAGGGUAUCAGCUUCACUCAGCCAUCGUAGAUGAUGACAAUAAUAGUGAGUUAAGAAGUAAAUUUGGCAUAGUGAAAGAUGUUCUGGAGAAUCCAGCCACUGUUGGUGGUCAUCAAGAUCCUAAGUGUGGGCAGAAAGUGCAAGAGACCAGCCCGUGGAGUUAUUUUGCCUUUUUCACUCAGAUUGUUGGGGGAAACCAGGUGAAGCGAGGCUCACACCCAUGGCAGGUUUCCCUGAAGAGAAGGCAGGAGCAUUCCAUUGUUUCUGCUCAGUGGGUGGUCACAGCAGCUCACUGCUCCCUGGACAGGAACCUGCUGCAAUACUUGCAUGUCACUGCAGGACAGCACGGCUUGGGGCUCAGAGAGCAGACACUGCCUGUCACAUCUGUCAUUCAGCACCCCAAGUCUGACCCCAGACUCAGUGAACUCAUUGCCCUUCUGAAGCUGGAUGGCACCUUCAACUUCAGUUCAUCAGUUUUGCCAGCAUGUCUUCCUCAUGCAGGUGAAAAGUUUGAAGCAGGAUAUAUCUGCACUACUUGUGGCUGGGGCCAUUUAAAGGAGAAUGGACUGCUCCCUCAGGUCUUGCAUGAAGUCAAUCUCCCAAUCCUAAACAGCAGAGAGUGCCCAAGAGCACUGACAGCUUCAAAGAAACCCAUCCGAGAUGCAGGAAGAGAUGCCUGCCAGCACACAGGGCCCCUUUUGUGUCGAGGCAAGCCCAGGAGCCUUGCUGGUGUCAUCUCCUGGGUGGGAUGUUCCUGCAGCUGGAUAAGGAGUGAGAAGAAGAAACAUUACAACAGAGGAUCCCUGGGAACAUUCCCAGGGCUCAGCAUGGUGCUGUGCUGGGCUCAGGAGAACGUGAGUGCUGAUCUGAAAGUGAAAAGCUCCACGGUGUUUUGUAGUGUUCAGGAUGGCAAACUCUGCAAGAGUGAAGGGGAAUUGCAUUUUCCUGGAAGGCCUGAACAGUUCUAUGAAAACCACCAAUUGUGUGUGUGGAGUCUAUUUGUGCCAGAAGGGAAUUACACAUGGCUUCAUUUCUCCCACUUUGAUGUAGAGCCAGAAAUGUUCUGUGAAUAUGCUUCAUUAUCAGUCCAUUCAAAAGACGACAGACUUGUGGGGAAAUUCUGUGGAAGAGAUGUUCCAUUACCUCUUUUGAUUGGCUCCAAUAGCAUUAGGCAAUUUGUUUCUGAUGAUGAAGAUUAUGGAACUGGUUUUUCCAUUACCUACAAAGCUCUUACACCAGAUGUUCUCCUGGUAAGUUUAAGCUAACUGCUGGCAGUGAGUCCCUCUUUGAAGAAGGGAGUGUUGGAGAGUAUGCACUACCCAGAGCACUACAGCGACCUGGCAGGCUGUCAGUGGAUUAUCUGUGCUCCAGAGGACCAUGUAGUCAAGCUUACAUACCAGUCUUUUCAACUAGAAGAGAGUGAAGAUUGAUUCUAUGAUGCCAUGACUGUGUGUAAAGGUGUGGGAAAAGAGGAGGAAAUCAUCAAGUCUUGUGGAUUUGCCCUACCAGCACCUGCUCCAAGCUCCUCUGCUGUGAUGCUGGCUGUCUUCCACUCUGAUGAAACAGAGACCUUUGGAGGAUUCAGAGCUACAGCCUCCUUUGUCCAUGUAACAGAUUUAAAUAUUUUGAAUUCAACUAAAGAAGAUUUUGAAAACAUGAAUGUUACUGAGGAAGAAAUAAAGGUUACAACAGAGGAUGUUUGUGGAAUGCCUUCAAAUCAGCCCAGGUUCCUCUUCAGUAGGAUAACUGGAGGUGAAGAAGUUGUGCGCCAAACAGCAGAUGAGCUCAUCUGUGGAGGAGCAGUCCUUGCCCAAGAAUGGGUUCUCACAGCUGCCCACUGCCUUCAUUCCAGAUGAGUGCAGGAAGCAUACAGAGAGUUAUGGAUGGUGGUAUCAGGACUUAAUGAUCUUACAGAGUAAGAGUACAGACAGAAAAGGUCAAUCAGGCAGUAUUUUAUACACCCAAAUUUUAACGAGACCACUCUGGACACUGCCCUGCUGCAACUGGCUGAGCCCUUGGAAUUCACCCCCUCCGUGCUCCUGGUGUCUCCUGCCGGGGAGGAGGUGCUGCAGCUCUGGAGGAUGUGUGUGGUCACAGGGUGGGGUGCAGACAGAGAAAAGGGGAAAAAACUGCAGCAGCUGGAAGUCCCCAUCCUGGCACCUGACAUAUGUCAGAGCUAUUACAUUAUUCCCAGUGAAGUGACCCUGGGGAUGAUCUGUGCAGGAUUCCCUCUGGAGGAAGACAAGGAUUCAUGCACAGGUGAUUCUGGAGGCCCAUUAGUAUGUUCUUCAGAAAACAACUUGGGGUUUUACACUCUCCAUGGAAUUACUAGCUGGGGCUUGAGAUGUGGAAGGAAGAACUACCCAGGAGAAUACACCAAUGUUAGUUUUUGUUUUGAUUGGAUCCAGAAGAAUAUUAAUAGUAGUGGUAUGUAUGAAAAAACCCAACAAAACAACCAUUAAAUUAAUCCUUUUGCUGUUGUUAGAUGAUUAAUUUGAGGUCCUUUCCAGGGUGCCAUUUUUAUAUUUGAGUGUCCGGCACUCCUUGAGAUCUUGUCUGUUUUAAAAUAUCCCUAUCUGAACACCCAAAAAAGAAACAAACUUAAAUCAGCAGUAACUUCUGAAAACCUUAUUUCUUCCAGUUGUAUUAUUAUUAUUCCACUGUCUACUGCAUUUCAUGUGUGGAUGAAUGUUUUCCUUGCUGUGGCUUUGCAGCUUCAUUUCUCAGGGCUGGGAGGAACUGUAGAGGAGCAGGAACUGACACGUGGUGGCAGCUGAGUCCACUUUGACAAGUUUAUAGCCUUUCUUCAUUGGUGAUCUUUGCAGAGUUUACCCUGAUUUCUUCUUCUUCUUUUUCAGAGCUCCCCAUUUUCAUUGUGUGACUGUCUAAAGAACAGUUCUGAUGAAUCCCAUUAUAAAACAUUGCCAAAGCACAAAUGCCAUUGAAAACAAAAUCUGGUGGGAACAUACAGGUUUCUGUGACUGAUGAACAGAUUCCAGAGUAGCUGAUACUUACCCUGGGGAAUUUACUGCUGAUUUAUCUGAACAGAGACUUAGGCUUUUGACAUGAGUUGGAGCAGUCACAAGCUACCUGCACCCUUCCGACACUCUGUUAAUCCAU